AUCAAAACUCCGUUAGGGUUUCUUCUCUCUCGAAAUUGAACUGUAAGUUACCUUUAUUACUUGGUGUACGUGCGUGUCAUUUUCUCCUGAUGGGAAUGAUGGAGAUAGAUGGACGUGAAAGAAGUGCUGAAAGGAGGGAUCAUGAUGACUCCCCUGUUAAGGAGAGGUGGGAAGAUGGGCACUAUGAUUUGGAAGAAAGCGGGUAUGAUAAAUCUAAAGAUUCAAGUAAGCAUCGAAGUAAGGAUAGAAAAAGUAGUGGCCGAAGAGAAGAGAAAGAGUAUAAAAGAGAUCGGGAGAGUAAAGAGUUGGAGAAAGAUAGGUUAUCAACUCGAGAUAGGAGGAAGGAGGAUAGAGAUGAGCGUGAAAGGGAUAAGACAAGGGAGAAGAUUAGGGAGAAAGAUAGUGAUAGGGACAAGUACAAAGAUAAAGAACGGGAAAGAGAUAAAGAUCGUAGAGAUCGUGGAAAAGAAAAGGAGCGAGACCGCGAGAGAGAGAGGGAUUUGGAGAGGGAUACUGAGCGGGUGCGAGAGAAGGAAAGAGGGAAGGACAAAGGCAGGGACAAGGAGAAGGAUAAAGAAAAAGAAAAGGAGAGGAGCAAGGACAAGGAAAGGGAGAAGCAUAGACAUAAGGAAAAGGAAAAAGAAAGGGAGUAUGACAGGGAAAGAGGUAGAGAUGCAGUUGAGAAGGAAAAGGGGAGAGAGAGAACUAAAGAGAAAGGGAAGGAAGUGGAUGAGGAUAAGGAGAGGUCAAGAGACAAAGAUAGGGGCAGCCGUAGGCAGCGAGACGAGGGUCAUGAUAGGAGUAAGGACAGGCUGAAGGAUGAUGUGCAAAGAGUAGAAGAUGAAGAUUCUGAUUAUCAGGAUGCUGCCAAGCAAGAAACUGUUUCUCAUGAGGAUGAGGAUAGGGCACAAAACAAUGCAGUUGAAACAGCUGGAUCACGUUCAGAGCUGGAGGAACGCAUUCUGAAGAUGAAGGAAGAAAGGUUGAAGAAAAAAUCAGAAGGUGCUUCUGAGGUGUUGUCGUGGGUUAACAAGAGCCGUAAGAUUGAGGAGAAAAGGAAUGCUGAGAAGGAGAGAGCCUUGCAGCUUUCAAAGAUUUUUGAAGAGCAGGACAAAAUGAAUGGAGAAGAAAGCGAUGAGGAGGAGAAUGCCCGGCUAGCUGCAAAAGAGCUAGGUGGGAUGAAAGUACUCCAUGGGCUUGACAAAGUAGUUGAAGGUGGGGCAGUUGUCUUGACACUCAAAGAUCAGAGCAUACUUGCUGGUGAUGAUAUUAAUCAAGAGGUUGAUAUGCUUGAAAAUGUGGAAAUUGGAGAGCAGAAGCGGAGGAAUGACGCUUACAAGGCUGCAAAAAAGAAAACAGGGAUCUACGAUGACAAGUUCAAUGAUGAGCCUGGUUCUGAAAGGAAAAUAUUACCAAAAUAUGAUGACCCGGCUGAAGAGGAGGGCGUUACUCUUGAUGCAACUGGAGGUUUCAGUGUUGAUGCAGAGAAGAAACUGGAGGAGCUCCGGAAAAGGCUUCAGGGUCCUUCCUCAAAAAAUCUGGCGGAAGAUCUCAAUUCUUCUGGGAAAUUAUUGUCCGACUACUAUACUCAAGAGGAAAUGGUUCAAUUUAAGAAGCCCAAGAAGAAGAAAUCACUGAGGAAGAAAGAGAAGAUGGAUCUAGAUGCCCUUGAAGCUGAGGCCAAAUCCGCUGGUUUGGGUGUUGGUGAUCUUGGUUCUCGCAAUGAUAAGACCAGGCAAGUCCUCAAGGAGGAAAAGGAGAGGGCAGAGGCAGAGACAAGGAGCAACGCUUACCAGGCUGCUUAUGCCAAGGCUGAAGAGGCAUCCAAAGCACUUCGACCCGAGAAAUCUACUAAGAACCAGAGAGAGGAAGAUGAUGCAGUAUUUGAUGAUGAUGAUGAAGAGCUUAGAAAAUCCUUAGAAAGAGCCAGAAAGCUUGCUUUGAGAAAGCAAGAGGGCCUUGCCAAAACCUUUCCAGAGUCAAUUGCUUCACUUGCCGCUUCCAGUGCAAAUGACUCAACCAUGGAUAAUCCAAGUUCUGUAUCUGGAGAGUCGCACGAGAACAAGGUUGUCUUCACAGAGAUGGAAGAGUUUGUCUGGGGUCUUCAGCUUGAUGAAGAAGAACAAAAACCUGGUAGUGAUGAUGUUUUCAUGGAGGAAGACGUGAUGCCAAAACCCUCUGAUGAAGAAAUGAAGAAUGAGGAUGGUGGUUGGACCGAGGUGAAGGAAACCAAGGAAGAGGAACCCUCUGUAAAGGAGGAGGAAAUGGAAGUAGCUCCAGAUGAGACGAUACGUGAAGUCCCAGUUGGAAAGGGUUUAUCAGGGGUUCUCAAACUUUUGCAAGAUCGAGGUACGCUUAAGGAAGAUAUUGACUGGGGUGGUCGAAACAUGGACAAGAAGAAGAGCAAGCUCGUAGGCAUCCGUAGUGAGGACGGGAAAAAGGAAAUACAUAUUGAAAGGACUGAUGAAUAUGGGCGAAUCCUGACUCCAAAGGAGGCCUUUCGGUUGCUUUCACAUAAAUUUCAUGGGAAGGGACCUGGGAAGAUGAAGCAAGAAAAGCGUAUGCGACAAUACCAGGAGGAGCUGAAGAUAAAACAGAUGAACAAUUCAGAUACUCCAUCACAGUCUGUGGAGAGGAUGAAAGAAGCUCAAGUUCAAUUUAAAACUCCAUAUCUUGUUCUCAGCGGAAAUGUUAAACCAGGGCAAACUAGUGAUCCUAGAAGUGGUUUUGCUACUGUUGAGAAGGAUUUGCCUGGAGGUUUGACCCCCAUGCUCGGUGAUAAGAAGGUUGAGCACUUUUUGGGCAUAAAACGCAAGCAUGAGCCAGGAGAGGGGAGCUCUCAAAAGAAGCCCAAAACCUAAUAGUGUGAACUUCCCAGCUUAAGAUAUCCUUGUGCUUUAUGCGUAAGCUCUUCGUAAUUGUACAUAAACAGUGCCCAGGCCGACAUAAAAGGUUUGAUUGGUGAUGCCUCUGUUAAAUGGCAUAAUAACCUUUGAAAACAGUAUUAAAUAGGUAGUA